UGUAAACAAAAGCUUAAGUUGAACUGGAUUUACCACUAAUGACAGUUAAUGUUCAUUCUCACUAACAAAAAAAAAACCAGUCUCAAGCAGAUAUUUAUUCUGAUACAUAGACACCUCUCAGUAUCAAGCGCAACGUUCGAGAUGUAUCAUCAUUUGCAACUAUUUCCGUUAUUAUUAUUGAGUCUAUAUAUCCAUUUGAGCCUUGGCCAAGAUGUUCUAGUUUUUCAGACCACAACAGCAAACCCCCUACAGGAAUCUAGGCAGGUUACAACAACUAUACGUCCAAUUGCCAAUUGGGUAUUGGUUAAUAAUCGUCGAAUACCGGGCACCAUAGCUCCUUUUGUCACCCUACCUCCACCCACACAACAGUUUCUUGAUUGUUUUGGCAGUUGCCCAACCACACCAGAAUACAAUCCAAUUUGUGGUAGCAAUAUGCAAUUAUAUUUGAAUGAGCAAAAGUUCAAUUGUGCACGGUUUUGUGGAGCAGAUAUUCAAAUUGUACGCCGUGGCAGUUGUGAAGGCCUCUUUCCCAUGAUGCGAGGUUGAAGGAACAUUUAAUAAUAUUUAAAAUUUUGAAAUAAAUAAAAAGAAACAAACGUAA